CUCGCCGGGUAACGCCCAUGUUGUGCCCCCGUUCUCCGGUCACUCACGAAUAAUAAAUCGAGCAGCCAAGAAACCAUCGGCCGAAGGCCACCCCAAUCGCACGCCCGUGAAAUCUACGAGAGAAUCCUUCCGAUUCCCUGACCUCCCCGUCGAUCGCGCUCCUAGGAGGCCGAAGAACUGCGCGGCGAGGAAUCGGCUCCCCGCUCGCCUCCGGAGAGGCCCCCCAGAUUUGCAUGUCCGGAGCUCGCCUGAGUCGGAAUGCCCUGGUGCCCCGGAUUCGGGCCGCGGGUGCGCUCCUUCCUGCGUGACUACGACGCGCUCCAGUCCCUCGCCCUCGCCCUCAUCUACCUCCAGAUUGGGUGUGCGCUGAUUGGAUCGCUUGGGGCUCUGUUCAAUGGUGUUCUUGUGAUAAACCUUGUGAUAGGGCUAUUUGCUGUUGUUGCUAUUGAGAGUAGUAGCCAGAGACUUGGCCGGACAUAUGCUGUCCUUCUCUUCUUCGCUAUCGUCCUUGAUGUUGCAUGGUUUAUACUCUUCUCACAUGCUAUAUGGAAUACUACCCCUGAUGAGAAUUAUGGUGAACUUUUUGUAUUUUCACUCAGACUAGCAUUGUGGAUGCAAAUUAUAGGGUUUUCAGUGAGGUUUUUGUCUUCAUUCGUAUGGAUCCAGAUGUAUAGAUUAGGGGUCUCAUCAAGCACGCCAACAUAUUAUGAAGCAAAUGAUGCAAGAAACAGUUUCUUGAGCCCCAGAUCUAAUUCAGUUAGACGGAGUUCCAUGGCUGAUGAUAUAUUGGGUGGUUCAAUUUAUGAUCCAUCUUACUAUUCUUCUCUCUUCGAGGAUGUUCGAAACAGUGCAUGUAAUCAUCAGGGUGAUAAACAAAGUGGUAGUAACGAUAGUGGGUCAACAUCUGCUGGCCAAUCUCCUCGACUUAAAACUUUUGGUACUAGAUCUUUUCUGUCUAAUGAUGUGGAAGCUGGAUUAAGAAAACCGUUGAACUCAUGCACCGUGGAGACAAGUUGAAGAUGGAACUUCCUUUUGCCAAGAUGAGUACUCUUUGAAGCUCCCAAAACUGUCGCUCCUGUUAAAUGGCAGAGAGGUUUGUACAGUGCAAAAGUUCAUGUCUCGGACCAGUGGUUUCCCAUUAAAACGAGAUCAGGAAGAUGCUAUAAGACGACGGCUGCAUGUGUUGUUGUGCAUUCUUGAACUUCCACGAGAGUUUUGGUGCCAAUCAGGAGCCAUCAUAUUUGCUUCGAAAGUGAGCUCGAGUUGGAUGCCUGAUCCCACUGACCUUUCACGACGUGUGGUAUCUUGUGCUGCUCCGUAUGGUCCAUUUUUCUGACAUAUGUAUUGCAUGCUUCUCUUAGCUGUCGAGGAAAUGAGGCUGCCUAGUUCUCUUAGUCUAUGUUUCUUCUUCCCUAGCGUUUUGGUGGUUUGUUCAUAUCACUAUUUUGACAAUGCACGUCUUCAGAUUCAAAAGGAAAGAAAUGUAAAUUUCACUCUGGUCUCCAGCAAAUUGAAUUUGAAUUGGCGAUGGCCUGCAGCUGUUCUGGAACAGUGGAACGUCCAUUUGCAGUGGUACUGCAGUGCAUCGAUGUGCUGCGAACGGUGGAGGCAAAGGGGUGGCAAUGAUGAGAACAGGGUGGAACCGUGGAAGCUGAGUGUGCCCUCUGGAUUACCUCCCUAUGUAUAUUCUCCCUCCUGUCAUCUCGCUCAAAAAAUUUCUUUGGAAAAAAAAUUCAUGAAUGUUACAAUGCCAUAUGGUUACACUGGGAAAUUUUGGUGCUGAAAUA